AUGCAACCAAACACCCCUCAGCAAUCUGCCCCCAUCUACCCUUGGUGGUAUGGUGGAGCUGGCGGCGUAUUCGCCUGCAUCAUAACUCACCCAUUGGAUCUUGCAAAAGUACGCUUACAAACUGCUUCUCUACCAAAACCCUCGCUCCUCCUUAUGCUUAAAAAUAUUCUACAAACAGAGGGUAUUUUUGGGCUUUACUCUGGAUUGAGCGCAUCAAUUCUUCGACAAUGUACUUAUACUACGGCAAGAUUUGGCUGCUACGACUAUAUCAAAGAAGCAUGGAUUCCAAAAAGUGAAAUCAACAAUACAUUCUAUUUACUACCUUGUUCCAUGCUUAGUGGAGCAGUAGGUGGUCUGGUAGGUAAUCCAGCUGAUAUCGUCAACAUAAGAAUGCAGAACGACACCCAACUCGAUGUUUCAAGGAGAAGAAACUAUAAACAUGCUCUUGAUGGAAUUUACAAAAUUACUAAAAAUGAAGGCAUCAAGAAACUAUUUACAGGCUUGACACCAAACUUGGUUAGAGGUGUUCUAAUGACAGCCAGUCAAGUGGUAACUUACGACGUCUUUAAAAACUCUCUUGUAACCAAUUUCAAUUUCGAUCCGGUCAAAAAAACGACACACUUUACAGCUUCUUUAUUCGCAGGUUUAGUCGCCACGACUAUCUGUUCUCCUGCAGACGUUAUCAAGACAAGAAUUAUGAACGCGCACCAACACCACGAGAGUGCUGUGAAGGUUCUAAUUGACUCCGUUAAAAAUGAAGGUCCCGCCUUUUUAUUCCGAGGAUGGCUCCCAAGUUUCGUAAGAUUAGGCCCAAAUACAAUCUUAAUUUUCCUAGCAGUCGAACAAUUGAGAGAGUGGAAACUUGGCAUGCCAACUCAGUAA